AUGUCCGCUCAGAGCAAGCUCUUCCAGUCCAUCUCUGUCGGUUCCGUCGUACUGCAGCAUCGCGUAGUCAUGGCUCCUUUGACGCGCUUGCGAAGCACUCCAGAGCACGUCCCGCUGGAUAUUGUCGCAGAGAUGUACGAGCAGAGGUCGCGCACGCCAGGCACUUUGUUGGUUGCUGAGGGCACCAUGAUAUCACCAAACGCUGGAGGAUACCCCAAUGUUCCGGGUAUUUGGAACGAGGAGCAAGUCUCCCAAUGGAAGAAGGUAACUUCGGCCGUUCACAAGAACGGCUCAUACAUGUUCUGUCAGCUCGCUGCUUGCGGGCGCGGUGCCAGCCCUGCGGCACUCAAGGCGGAGGGUCCGUUUGACUACGUUGCUCCGUCUGCCAUCAAGAUCUCAUACGCCGAGGACACUCCUCGCGAGCUGUCCAUACCCGAAAUCAAAGAGUAUGUCCAAGCAUUCGUUGAAGCCGCGAAGAACGCAGUUCACGCUGGGUUCGAUGGGAUCGAGAUCCACGGCGCAAACGGCUUCCUGGUAGAUGAGUUUAUCCAAUCUGUGUCCAACGAACGGACGGACAUCUACGGAGGCUCUGUCGAGAACCGCUCCAGGUUCGCACUCGAAAUCGUCGAUGCGAUCGCAAGCGCCAUUGGAGCCGAUAGAGUCGCGCUCAGGCUGAGUCCGUGGAGCACAGCCCAGGACAUGCGCAUGCCGGAUCCCGUUCCGCAGUUCAGCCAUCUUGUCGCUGCCCUACGUUCUGCUCACGCGGACCUCGCAUAUCUGCACGUCAUCGAGCCACGCGUCGUGGGCGACGUAGACAAAGACCCCUUAUCUUAUGAUUCUGCCAGAGAGUCCAACGAUUUUCUGAGAGAGAUUUGGAAGGGAAAGCCGUUCAUCAGCGCGGGUGGGUACAAUAGGGAAAGCGCGCUUGAGGCGAGCGAAAAGACGGGGGACCUGAUUGCUUUCGGAAGACACUUCAUUGCCAAUCCAGAUCUCGUGGAACGGUUGAAGAGGAACGUGCCGCUGCACAAGUACGACCGGUCAACGUUUUAUUCUGUCCGGGAUCCGAAAGGCUACAUAGACCAGCCUUUCGCGCAGUUGGAUUAG